CAGUGAAGACCUGAACACAAGCUGUAUUCACAGAGACUUCCCUCUCUGCUAAACAGCCUCGUCCUGCAUAAGACAAGUACGCAGUUAAAAGAGCUAAUAGAACAAUGGCCAAGUGUUCACUGAAUUUGUAAAACAAUAAGCCUGUUAUGUAAGUAUGAUUGUUAGAAAUUUAAAGAUAAUAAUAAUACAUACAGUACAUACAUUACAGACAGAGAAUUGUAUUAAAAGUUCCUAAAAAUAACUCAAUAUUCAGAGGAAAUAUUCUGUUCAAAAUUCAUCGAAAUCACUAAUUUUACACAAACCUCCUGCAGUUAUUGCGUUCACUAUUUUGGUUAAUUGUACAGUUUAUCGGUUGUUCUAGUUAGGGGUCUCCAGUUUACUCAAAAGAGAUCCCUUGAGAAAAAAAAGUUAGAACCGCUGGUCUAAACAGUCUCUAUAAAUACAAAAGUUGUAGCUUGGCACUUUUCACCUUUGCUUCCGUCCUCUUACAUAACGGCAGUGACCUACUUACAUUGACGGAUAUUUAUUGUCGCUAUAAAUCAGUGUCAGGCAGAAAGAAGUUAAUCAUUAAUCAUUUUUAUUCAACUUUCAAUGGAACUUUUAUGGCUAUUGCUUUUAUCACACUGCGAGAUGUGUGGUCAGUGUCGACAAAGGGGAUUAAGAAAUGAACACAUUUAGUUGUCGGGGCCUUUGAGGAAAUGACCAACAGCAUGAGGGUGACUCACCCGCUGUCAUGAGUUGUCUCACAAAUACUUGCUGAGCUCUUUCUUUCCAAACAAUUCCUAUAGUUCCACCGCUUGAAUGAGCAUUUGAAUCUUUUGACCAUGUGAAUGAUUGUAAAGUUGUAAACCUACCAUUGCUGAUUUGUAAAAUGAGCUCAGUGGUAUGUAAUGAAUGAAUGUAAACAGCAUUAUAUUAAAGAUAUGGAAAGAGUGAUGUAAGAGGAGGCAUCAAGUGAAGCCCUCGCACCAGGAGCACAAUGAAACACUCCAACUUCCCCCUCUUUGCUCCUCUGUUCAUCCUGUCCUCUGUCUGUGCUGGCAGAGCAGGGUUGCAGUCAUGCAUGUGGACACUGUCUUUCUUGUGUGUCCUCUGAUUUUUGCAGCAGCCCUGUGGAGGGGGGUCCAGGCCGUCUCUCCUGUGCCCUCAGUCCCUGACCAUGUCCAAGCGCUGGUGGGCUCCUGUGUGGUGAUCCCCUGCUCUUUCACUCUUCCAGCUCCUCAUCCUCUCAAAGGGAAGAAGGAGAGGGUGGACGUCCGGCUGAGGUUCAGAGGCGGCGGCCGCUUCUUCCCUCUCCGCAGCACCGCUUUUAACAGCGAGGACAGAGAUCAAGUGAGCCGGGAUUUCCAAGGCCGGACAUCCCUCUUUGGGCGAAUCACAGAUGGGGACUGCUCAGUGAAGAUGGAAAGGAUCAGCCAGGAUGACUCGCAAGUGUUUGAGAUCACUCUGAAGAGAGGUGAUGACUUACUGUGGGGGAGGCCAAGGAGCUUCAAUCUGGAUGUUGUGGACACCCCCGAGGCUCCUGUCAUCAGCGGCAUGUUGUCAGCCACAGAGGGCCAGCUGGUCACCCUGAACUGCUCCGUCCGCUAUCACUGCCCCUCCAGACCUCCUGCCCUGCAGUGGAGCUGGGAGAGAGGAGCUCAACUGAACAGAACUGAGCCUGAGGAGGUACAGACACUCCACCCAGAGCCCCACAGGCCCAUGUUACUGGCCCCUCUGUCCUUCACCGUGUCACACCAGGUGAAACCCAGGCUCAGAUGUGAAGUCAGCUACCCCGGAGCCAGAGCACUUUCCGUUUCAAAGGAUCUGCAUGUGACAUUUUCACCGAAAGACGUAAUGGUUCAGGUCGAGUCCUUGAUGGUCCAGGAGGGGGGCAGUGCCUUGCUGUUCUGCUCAUGUAAAGCUGACCCUCCUGUGUCUGAGUACCGCUGGUCCUACAGUCAACACGGCCGCACGGUGCACCUCCACCAGCGCACACACUCAGUCCGGGUGUUCAACGUGACCCGGGACAUGAGGGUCCGCUGCUCAGCACAGAAUCUGAUUGGUCGAGGAGAGUCUCGACCCACGCCGCUGAACGUACAAUAUAAACCAGUCAUCCUCCGGCUCUCCUCCAGCUGUGCUGUGGAGGAUCUGGAGGUGCUGUGUCGCUGUUCGGUCGACUCCAACCCCAAACCAGCAGUCACCUGGAGCGUGAAUGGUACCGUUCCACCUCGUGAUUACAACGUGUCGGUAACAUCUGAGCCCGACGCGCUAACUGCCACUCUGAGGGGCCGCAUGGACAAACCUCAGCCUGUGAUCUGCUUUGCUUUCAACGCACUGGGAAAUGACUCCCUGGUGUUGCUGCAGGGAGGAGAAGAGACGGCACCUUUGUUGUGGUUGGUGAUACCUGCUGUGUCCAUCUGCCUGGCCAUAUUCCUUCUGUCUCUUUUGUUCUACUGCUGCCGAAAGAGAGCCGGAAAACAUGUCCUGAGUAGACACCCAGCUGUGUACCCUGAAGGACUGGGAAUUUAUCAGGACCAGAUGCCCCUCUACAUUAACUGCACAGAAGUGACUCAUAUCUACACCAACGGUAGCUACCAACUUGUAUACCAGAACUGCACACCUCUUUUUGUCCACAGUAAGCAGAUUCGUCCAAUGGGCAGAAGAGGUGGGGAGAGACGAAGAGAAGGAGGAGGAGGAGGAGGAGAUGGAGGAGGAGGAAUGGACAGACGAGCGGGUUUGGGAGUCAGAGGCUUGAGAGAGGUGCAGAGCUCUGCCGGGGGCGAUGCAGACACAGCCAUCUACCUGGAGAUCCUCUGAGCUCACUGUGGAGAAGUAACAUGAUUCAUCUGCUACAUUAAACUCACAGUAGACUUCAGAUUCAUCCUCACACUGAUGGUAAUGCAUAGUUUAUGUAAUUUUCAGUUAUUGUAUAUAUUGUACAUCUAUUGUGUGAUCUCUUAAAUAGACAGUGGUGGUCCAUCUUUAUCCUAAUCUCCAAAUUGAACAAUUUGUGCUGUGACCUGCUACCCUGUGCUCUUUUUUUAUAUAUAUAUAUUAAAGAUGAAAAGGUUUGA